CAUUUUUCGAAUGUUCACCACACAGUUUCUUAACCAACCCCUCUAUAUAAACAAUGAAGAGAAGAGAGAAGAAUAGAGCAAAAUAUUAAAGGUGUUAGUUCUUAAACCAACCAAUCAAAAUGUUGCGCAUUAUCUUCCUCUUAUCUCUCCUUUUUGCUCUAUCCAAUGCCUCUGUUCAAGACUUCUGUGUGGCCAACCUGAAACGUGCUGAAACCCCUGCCGGUUACCCUUGCAUUCGUCCCAUUCAUGUCAAAGUCAAGGACUUUGUCUUCUCCUUAGGCACUCCUGGAAACACUACAAACAUCAUCAGCGCUGCCGUUACGCCCGGUUUCUCCGCUCAGUUCCCGGGUCUGAACGGUCUAGGCCUCUCUACAGCUAGACUUGACCUAGCUCCUAAAGGUGUGAUCCCAAUGCACACUCACCCUGGUGCCUCUGAGGUUCUUUUUGUCCUUGACGGCUACAUUACCGCUGGGUUUGUCUCCUCAGCUAACUCUGUCUACGUCCAGACACUAAAACCAGGACAGGUCAUGGUUUUCCCACAAGGCCUGCUUCACUUCCAGAUCAAUGCGGGGAAAUCAGCUGCUGCAGCCUUUGUCACUUUCAGCAGUGCUAGUCCUGGUCUCCAAAUUCUUGAUUUCGCGCUUUUUGCUAAUAGUCUUCCCACUGAACUCGUUUCGGCUACUACUUUCCUUGACCCUGCUUUAGUCAAGAAGCUAAAGGGUGUUCUUGGAGGAACUGGCUAAAAGAUACUUGGGACUCAUUGGCACUUUUCUCUAUGAUGGAUUCUUGUCUUCUAUGUUUUUUAGUCCUUGUAAUACCUGUCCACAUUAUUACAUUGUAUGUGAGCUUUUCAUUUAAGAUCCUGUGUUGGUCAUACCGUUUAUAGCAUUUGUUAAAACUAA